UCUCUAUACUUCCGCACCUUUACCUCUCAUCUUCAUCCUCACUACCCAUAAUCACAUAGCAUACACAACAUAAAACAACAUACCUUCUAUCACAAGAAUACUUCAAGUCUAUUAGAUCUUUCUGCCACACGCCAUUGAUCGUUACCCGACUCCUAAGCCAUUCUUAUAUAGAAGAACUUUUCGAUAUAUCGAGCACAAAUACGAAUUAUACUAACCCCAAACAAUUACCAGGAACCAUUAGGUUGAGUCUCUUGGAGCUCGUUCGAUAUACCGAAUCUACUCCUAUCAUCGAUCGAUUCAUUAAUUUGUCUUUCGACCGAGAUCACACCUUGAUAUUGCAAAAUGGCCACCGCAGUAUCAACCCCCAUUAAGUCCCACACUGGGCUCUUUUCCACACGUACCGCUGGCGGACGUAUGCCUUUGACCCCAUCUCCUCGUACACGCACCCAAACUCUCUCGAUCAAUAACUCAUCUCCUUUUACUCCACCCGAGAGAAAGGUAUCUGAAGAGAAUGUACGACUAUCAUCCAAGUCAACAUACGGCGGAAACUUAACAUCACAUUUCGCGAAGUCUUCCAGAAAGUCUCACCGGGACUCACCAAAGUCCAACAUUGCCAAGGGUGUUCAAACUCCUCGACAUGCUCUUGAGCUCGGCGUCUCUGACUUUGCUCUUACUGGUACAGGAUGCAAGACCCCUGUAGCUACACGAACAAGAAAAGGUCCAGUCCGCUCAAAGGCCACCAAGACUACUGUCUCCUACUCUGGCGAUAGAUUUAUCCCAGACCGUGCUGCAAGCUCAGCCAUCACAACUGCUGGCUGCGGAAAAGCCGACUUUGCCGAAAAGCAAAGACCAAAAAGCAUCAAUGAAAGCUCUUCAGUUCUCGCAUCGGGUGCCGGUGAUGCUCUUGCUGCUCUUGAAUCAUUGACCAUUGAUGACGAAGAAGAGCCAGCUUCAUACUCUCGCCCAUCACCAAAUACCAUUGCAUACCAAGACUCAUUGGCAUCUGCCUGUGGUAUUUCUCAAGGCCAAAGAAUCCUCGCAUUCAAGCCUGCUGCUCCCGAAUCCUCAAAACCUGUUGAUCUCCGAUCCCAAUAUAACCGUCCCCUCAAAAACUCCAACGCUUCCGCUGCUCAAUUCAGACGCCGCAUUGCAACUGCACCAGAACGUGUCUUGGAUGCACCUGGUCUCGUCGACGAUUACUACUUGAACCUCCUUGACUGGAGCUCCAACAAUCAAGUUGCCAUUGGUCUUGAACGCAAUGUAUAUGUCUGGUCUGCUGAGUCUGGUACUGUCAGCUCUCUUCUCGAAACUAGCCCAGAUACCUACGUUAGCAGUGUCAAGUGGUCAGGUGAUGGAGCAUAUGUCAGUGUUGGUCUCGGUUCCGGAGAGGUUCAAAUCUGGGAUGUCGAAGAAGGUACUAAGCUCAGAAGUAUGCACGGACACGAUACACGUGUUGGUGUAAUGGGAUGGAACAAGCACACUCUAUCCACCGGUGCACGAAGUGGCCUUGUCUACAACCACGAUGUUCGCAUCGCUCAACACAAAGUCGCUGAGUUGGUUUCUCACACCUCCGAAGUUUGCGGUUUGGAAUGGCGCGCCGAUGGUGCUCAACUUGCUACUGGUGGUAACGACAACUUGGUUUCUAUCUGGGAUGCUCGUUCCUUGGCUGUCCCUAAAUUUACCAAGACCAACCACAAGGCCGCUGUCAAGGCUCUCAGUUGGUGCCCAUGGCAACCAAACGUUUUGGCUACUGGUGGUGGGUCAUACGAUCGUCACAUCCACUUCUGGAACACCACCACCGGUGCACGUGUUAACAGCAUCGACACUGGCUCCCAAGUCACCAGUCUCCGAUGGAGCCCUCAUUACCGCGAGAUUGUCAGCACCAGUGGAUUCCCAGACAACUCUAUCAGCAUCUGGAGCUACCCUACUUUGGUUCGCAAUGUCGAGAUUCCAGCCCACGAGACCAGAGUCCUCCACAGCUGUCUCAGCCCAGAUGGACAAAUGCUCGCCACAGCUGCUGCUGAUGAGAGCUUGAAGUUCUGGAAGGUUUUCGAGAAGAAGACUGGCCCAGGUGCAUCCGCAUCAGCUGGUGCAUCAGGAAAGGCCGACAUGGUCAAGCAAAUGACUAUCAGAUAGAUAGGUCAAGGAUAGCUCUUGGAGCUACAGGUAAAGUAUAAAGCAAAUUCCAUAAUAGCAUUUUAGAAAUUGGGAUGUUUUAGCGUGGUGUUUGGUGGAUUUCGAUCUUCACAAUGCCCAUGGCAGAAAGUGCUUCACCUGGUGCAAGUUGAUGCUUUGACGAUGAAUGAAUGGAGGAUACCUCUGGUGCUUUUCUGGCGUACACCUUUUUCGGAUGGGACUUUGUAUUAGUUAUUUUAGUUAGGAAAUGUAAAUUACUUGAACCAAUUAAAUAUUACAACAUGAAAA